CCCACCUGAGACUCAGCUGAUGGUCAGCAGUCUGGCAGCCUUGAUAAGGGGCAUGAUCUCCUCUCACUUCUUUCUGGACCAACAACCUGAAGACAGGUACUGGGCUUUCAGGAGACAAAGCCAUGGCAACAACAAAGUGCACCACUGACGAUCCUCAGCCUAGAAGACAGCAAGAUCUCCAGGAGAUGCUGACAGAAGUAGGGUUGUCUGUUGACUACUGGCUGCCUAAGCUGCAGGAAGACCUGGGUGUGACAUGUACCCAGGCCUUACAGCACUUAGAAGAAAAAGAUCUCCAGAAGCUGAAGUCCCAGACACAACACACAUGGGAGCAAAAGGCUCUGGAGAAACUGCUUGACCUCUCACAGCCAAAUAGUGUUGCAGAGUUCCAGAAAAAUCUAGGGGAGAUGAUAAGGAACAGGAAGAAGCAGGCAGGACAGGCACUGCAGGAACUGAAGGCCUUCCAAUCAGAAGGGAAGAACAGACAGGAAGAGGCAGUGAGGAGGAAAGAAGCAGAGCUGAGACAAGCAAUGGAGAUCCCUGAAGAGUGCUGGCCAGGGCCUGAAGUGCCCCUGAAAGAUGUCACUGAAACAAUGGAGAGACAAUUAAAGGAUGUGGAGCAGAAACUGACCUACAGGGGAAACCUCCCUGAUAGAGACCUGGUAAGAUGGGCAUCUGGAGGGCUGGCCCUGCAGGGAAUUUAUAAGACCUGCCACCAAAAGGACCUGGUAGCAAGAAGAGAAGAACUGCUCAGGGUCCCCAAGGAAUUCUUCCUCCUUGGAUCUGAGCAAGGAAAAAGGAUGGAAGCAAAAGAAUUCAUAUCUUCUAAAGAAGAAACCCUGUUCACCAAAAGUGUGGAGAAGUUGGGAUUUGGAGCAAUGACAUCAGUCAUGAGUGGAUGCUGGGGAUUUAGUCUGGAAGGUGGUAGAGAUCAAAGUAAUCAGUCAGACUCGAAGGACAUCAAUGAAUCAUAUUCAGAGCAUUCUUAUUUCUGUUCAGCCAAGUAUAGCUAUAUGCCUCUGGUCUCCUGCCACUUUCGAAUUGAUCAGCUCCAGCUCUCCACUGCUGCUCUCAAGGAACUGAAAAUCAUUGAAGAACAACUGGAGCACACUGAUGGACCAGACAGAUUCGUCGUAGUGAGGAACAGGACUGAAAACUUCUUCAACAGAUUUGGCUCUCAUGCUAAUCAAGGCCCUCUGUACCUUGGGGGAAUCUACUGCUGGAAGGCCAUUUCCCAGGGAUUCAACAGUGACCAGCUGGAUUGUGUGAAGCAGCAGACUGCAGAGGCCUUAGAUAGUUACGUAAGAGGGAGCUACUUUGGCUAUGGAGUUGAAGGUGGGGCAAAAAAGGCAACAUCAGACUCACAUUUAGUAAGAUCCUGCCAAAAUGCAACUAAUCAACAGCUCCAAAUCAAAGUCCAAUUAUCUGUGGCUCAGAUAGGUGGACCACCAGAAGCAAAUGGAAUUGUUCAGUGGACAACGGGCCUUCUCACCAGCAACAAAACCUGGUCUGUCAUUGAACGAGAACUUCAGCUGGUACCCAUUUGGGACAUCAUCCUAUCUAACCACAGAAGCAAUUUUAAGGAUCCCUUUCUGGUGGCAAAAUGCCUGGCAGAUAACUACUCUGCUCUGACUGGCCUUGCUGCCCACAUCCAGGCUGGAGAAGAGUUGCUGAGCACCAUAGAGGAAGCAGAACUUUUCCUGAAUAAUGUGAAAUUAUGGGAGGUCUCUGACCCUGAAGAACAGCUUAAGAACCUUCUGGAUUUCAUGCAAACAUUGGCUAACAAAACAAAAGGUUAUGAUGUUUGGAUUAAUACAUGCCUGACAAAUUUGAAUCUACAGAAUUUUCUCGUGAGAACUGUCAACUUUUGCAAGUCAAACUCUUCCAUUAAAAAAUCUCAGUUUAUUAAAUCUCAGUUCUGCAGCCUUCUAGAACCUCAUAUCUACAAAGUGAAAAACUUUCCUCAGCUAAGUUCAAUCAUUCAGUGGAUCUACCAGAAAGACUCCGAGGAACAGCAAGUGAAGAUCACUGAAUUUUCUGAAUUCCUUAAAAGUUUGAAAGAAAUCCAAAAAUCUCUCAUAGAAGUAAAGGUCAAGUCUGGGUACUCAGAAACAGUGGAAGAAGCUCACAGAAAGGCCACCUGUGAGGUCACCAGAGCUCUUGGCUCCUUCUUGAACUACCUCAGAGAAGCAGAACAGCCAGACAUGCAGCUGCUGCUACUCUCCAUUGCAGCUGGUGCAGGCUAUCAGCUGGAAAGCAAUGUUUUUCAGCCUCUUCUGGGGUGCACUGAGAUAAGCUUUCUCCUGGAUGAAAUACAAACUGUCCAACACAGAUAUCAGGAGCUCAAAACCAUCUGCACAGACAGGGCACAGGCAUUCCUAGUGCUCAAAGCUCUGACAACCACAGUUGGAAUCUCAACCAUUUCUCCAGAAGAAAAAACACAGCGCUUGGCAUUAACAAGGCAGCAUAUGAAGCCUUUGUUGUCUACAAAAUUUUCACAUGUUCUCACAAAAUUUGAAACUGAUCAUGAUUGGGAAAAUCUAGAGAAAAGUUUGAGAUUACACAUUGAUGGGAAUUAUGAAGACAACAUCUCAACUUUGCAGAUGGAUGAGAUGAGAAAACAACUGCAAAGUCUCUACCCUGAAAAGAAAGAGACUUAUAACCAACAAGAUAAUGAAAAUAACCAAAAGGAAACCAUAGAAAAAGGACCUUUCUUAGACUUACUCCAACGUCUGGAUCUAGAACAUAACUACCUAAAAAAGAUGAGCAGAGCUGACUUCCAUCUAAUCUAUAAGACUUCAGUGUACAAUACACAGCCAAAAUCUGAACAGGAACUUCCCUUCUAUUUCCUACAAAAGCUACUGAUGUUAGAUUGCGGGUUUAGAUAUCUAGUCUUCAAAAAUCCCAGAAAUGCAGAAAGCCAAGGCUCUCUAGUUCCUUGCAACCAGGAAAAUGAGGCUUUUGAUCCAUAUGAAGAGUUGUUUGAUGACAGAGAUGAAGUCACUAAUUCUUCACCCACUGAGUCCCAGCCCCACAUUCACCCAAUGGACAUCCAGAUGGCCAUUUUUCACUGUGCAGAUGAUCUUGCCAGACAGUAUAUUCUGUCCAAACUUUACAUUUGUCAAUUUGCACUCCCCCUUGUGGUGCCAAAUCCCAACACUUCUGAGAUUGAAUUUUCUCUCUGGUCUCUCAGACAAAUUAGGAGAAGUUGGCAAGAGGAAAAUGACUCACAACAGAACAAGAGCUACAGUCACAAGAAUCAGCAGAUGUGCUGUGUUUCUACCCCCAUUGUGUCCUUCAUUAGAGUUGGAAAUGGCCUCUCUGCUUCCAAAUCUCAGAUCAUGAACUCUCUCCUCAGUAAACAUAAACAUGAUGUGUUUUUUCACAGACACUGCAGAGGAAGCAACAAUCACUGUCUCCUGAUGGAGGGAGUGGUGGAGAUCUUCUGGUUCUGUCCUGGGGGCCAAGGGGAGGACAUAUUUGACAAGUGUGUGGCCUUCACCAAUCUUCAUGGAGAUGCCAAGGAACACAGGCAACAACUCAGCUUCCUGCAGGAUGUCUCUUCUCUCAUUGUGAUCCUCAUGUCAGCUUCUGAUGACAAUAAAGAAAACCAGAAUCUUGUGAGACACCUCUGUCAGUCACCCAAAGCUCUGAUCUGUUUGGUUGAUGACAAAGAAAAGGCCAUAGCCAAUAAUUCUGGUAAAAAGAUGAGAAUUGGCAUCAGGAAUAGAAAUGAGGCAGAACUAACAGAGGAGCUCUCAAACGCCAUCAAACAUUUACUAGAACUCUCUGGCACUCCUCUCAGCUUAGAGGACUGUUCACAGAUGGCUAAAAAACAAGGAUUUCUGAUUGAUGAAGAUAAAAGAGAAAUGAGAGCAGCCAAAGAAAAGGCACAGACUAUACUGGACCUCCUGAAGCUAUCAAAGUUACCUGAGCUAAAAGAAAACUUGCUGCCCCUGCAGGGACAGCUGUGGCACCAUUGGUGUAAGAAGGACAAGGAACUCUAUCAUCUGAGAGAAAAGGGGAAUCGGAGCAUUGAACAACACAAGAGUGAAAUUGAGAUAGAGAAACAAAACAUACGAUGCCAGCAGUUUAAAAAGGCCUUUCCUCUCAAUCCUUUAAUGUGCUCUGUCCUACAAAUUCUCAAAGAAGAUUUAGAAAUUUACCCCAAACUCUAUUUCUUACACUGGUUAAGUGUGGUUUUAGAAAACCUAACCUCAGGGCACUUAGAGAAUUUGCAUAGGAAGCAACAAACUUUGUGGUCAAUGGUGCAGGAGGAAAAGCAAAAAGCACCAAAGAGCAGCUCCCUGACACUCCAGCAGAUAGAAUCCAUCUCUACUGAGAUUCUUGACUGCACUUUAGGAAUUGAGCAUCUUCUCCGAGAAGUUGGCCAGAUCUAUGAAGCUCUGGAAGAAACUUGCUCCUCUAGAGAUAGACUUUUUCUCUGCCUCCCUGAACUUGCUGCAGACCUGAUGGUAGCAGGUGUUUCCAUUGAACUGAUGGAUGGGGAUGCUUCCUAUGUACCCCUAAAAUGGGUAGCAGCAGUUUUUGACAAGAUCUCAGAGAAACUUGGAGACAAAAGACUGUUCGUUCUCUCUAUCCUUGGUCUGCAAAGCUCAGGGAAAUCUACUUUGCUAAAUGCCAUGUUUGGUCUGCAGUUCACAGUCAGUGCAGGCAGGUGUACCAAGGGGGCCUACAUGCAGCUCCUGAAGGUGGAAGUGACAUGUUCAGAGGAACUUGGCUUUGAUUUUGUGCUUGUUGUAGACACAGAAGGACUUCGGGCUCCAGAACUCAACAACAAGUCCCACAAUUGGGACAAUGAGUUGGCAACCUUUGUCAUUGGCCUUGGAAACUUGACUCUGAUCAAUAUUUUUGGGGAAAAUCCAUCAGAGAUGCAGGACAUCCUACAAAUUGUUGUCCAGGCCUUUCUGAGAAUGAAACAAGUGAAAAUCUCCCCCAGUUGUCUCUUUGUCCACCAGAAUGUGGGUGAAGGUACAGCAAAAGACCAAACUAUGGAAGGACGAAGGCAACUGGAGCAGAGACUGGAUGAAAUGACAGCAUUAGCUGCUGAACAGGAAGAGUGCUCCAACAUAACCCGCUUCAGCGAUGUAAUUAAAUUUGAUGUCAAUAGUCAUGUCUACUACUUUGCUCACCUCUGGGAUGGCAAUCCUCCAAUGGCUCCUCCCAAUCCUCGCUAUAGCCACAAUGUCCAGGAACUGAAGAAUGAGAUUCUUAAGACUGCCCAGCAGGAAUCUAGGGGAAGGAUUUUGAAGAUCUCAGAUGUAAAAUUCCGUGUUCAAGAUUUGUGGAAAGCCCUGGUCAGUGAGCACUUCAUUUUCAGUUUCAGGAACACCCAAGAGGUCAUAGCCAUGAGGAAACUGGAAACCAUGUAUAACCACUGGACCUGGGAGCUGAGGAGUCAUGUUCUGGAUUUACAGAAUCAGCUGAACAAUCAGAUUCAGAAUGGGAAAAUCCUGACACUCACAUCUGACAAACUUGAGGGUCCAGUUAAUAAGAAAUAUGAAACCAUCAAGCAAGAAUUUGACAAAUAUUUUGAAGAAGACCCAGAUAGGGAAACACUGGUUCAAUGGAGAACAAAUUUUGAAAAUAAGCUACUAAUGCUUAAAGGUGCACUUAUUACAGACACCAGAAGUAAAGGCAAUGAACUCAUCAAUCUCAAACAAAGCCAAGAAAGACUAGACAACCAAAAGUCAGAAUAUGAAAAUGAAUUGCUAGAGAAGAGCCGAAAGUUGGCUUUAAGUGUGAAGGGUAAAGAAUUCAGUGAUAAAGAGUUAUAUGAGAAAUUUGAUCAACUUUGGAGAAGUUGGAUCUACAGUGUGUCUUCUACUGCACCUCCUGUCAAAGAGCCUAACAUUGAUUUAGAUUCUGAAAACAUCCUUUUGGAUUAUUUCAAUAAGGAGAAAAACAUUGUGGAAAGACUUAAAAAGAACUCUGGAGAGAUGUUUGAAAUCAAUUAUGCCAAACAUGUCCAAGUGAAAAAAUGGUAUAAGGUAUUUACAAAGAGCUUAGAAAGUUGUCAUAAAGAAUCCAUUAAGAAGACUACUAAUCACAUUGAAUUAAGAUUUAAUGAAACAAUUAAAAACAUUUUGAAGCAAAAGCGUGAUUACAGUCCAAAUGAUUUUCAUGAAAUCUUGAGGAUAAUAGAAAAUGAACUGAAAUCUGUACCCCCUGAGGAAGACUACACAUUUACCAGAGACUACACUAUUGAUUUAUCCUUAUGUUUAUUCCAAAGAGCAUCUAAGAGUUUCAGGGAAAUAAACAGGGCAUUCAAGAGCGCAAAUGAUCCUGUAAACUAUCUGGAGAGAAAGAAAGAUGAUUUCUUCAUCAAUUUUAAGAUCUCCUGCCAAGGUGCCACCUCCAUCACAUCCUUUGUUGACUUCCUGUGGCUCAAGCUCACUCCUGCUAUUUAUGUCACUAUAUGGGAGCAAAUGGGCCCUAAAAUAGCUGGGGACAUGAGAGCCACCUGCCCUGCAUUCAAUGGAAACAGGGCUAACCUGGAGAAACAUAUUCUCAUUUCUCUGGCAGAAGAAGAAAACUUUGAUAAGUAUUGGCAAUACAUUCAUCAGCCAGAAUCCUUCUUCAGGAAUUACAUUAGUGACCACAUUAGAAGAUACUGUUUUGAAAAAGAAGGUAAAAAAAUAAAGACUUUCUUAAAAAUAAGCUUAGGUGACAUCAAGAAUGCCAUCCUCACUGCUAUUCAUGAGUCCACAGCUGUUGCUAAAGAUAAAGGCAGCACUGCUUCUGCCUGGUUGGAUUUGUUCUGUGAUCACCUAGGAAACAACCUGAUCUUUCCAAGAAGAGACCUGAUAAGCAUUGAGCAUCAGGAGAUAAAGGAUAUGGAGUUUCUCAAAGAAGCUAUGAGUACAGCUUUGGAUCCUGCAAUGAAGAAGGUAGAAGAGGACUGCACAAGUAAGCCCAUAGAUGAAAUGGUUCCUGACAUUGAGAAAAUUCUCUCUGAACAUCUCUGUGGCUGCUGGAAACAGUGUCCUUUUUGUAAAGCAAUUUGUACCAACACCAUUCCCCAACAUGAAGGAGACCACAGUGUGCCUUUCCACCGUCCUGCCGCUGUCAAUGGAUGGCAUUGGUAUAAAACAGACCACUUUCACAUUGACUUCUGUACUAGUUCUGUAGCAAGUGAUUGUUCAUUUAUUUUAAGUGAUAACAAGAAAUUCCCAUACAAGAAAUAUCGAGAAGCAGGGGGUGAGUAUGCCACUUGGAGCAUCACCCCAGACUCAUCUACCCAGCCAUAUUGGAAGUGGUUUGUCUAUCACUUCAGAACAGAGCUCGAAGGAAGAUAUGGAAAAAAAUUUAAAGAGUUAGGUACUAUUCCAGAUUCAUGGACCAAAAUCACAAAGCAAGAAGUACUUGAUGAUUUGAAAAAUUGACAAAAUAAAUACUAACACUGCCACACAAAUGUCACAUUUUCCAAAGGAUCUGAAAAUCAACUUAAGUGGCAGCUUCAAUAUUGUUGCUUAUAAAUGAAAUAUAUAAAAUUAAACCAGUUAGUAUUUCAAGACAUGAAGAUUUUCUACUAAAGGGAUGUUUUUCUGUGAGAAGAAAUAGACUGCCUGGUAUAUUAACCACUGUUUUUAUUUUUACCUUUUUUUUUUUUUUCGAAAUUGCGUGUUGCUAGCCUCUGGGUCAAGUGCUCAGAAGAUUGUAUAAUCAUUAAUAAUAAAAAUAGAUUAUACUCACUUUGGUGUUAAGUCUGGGAUAGUUUUUGUGUUUAAUCAAAGAUGAUGAAUAUAUUGGUGACUUUCUAAGAAUAACCUUUGGAAUCAUGAGAUUGCUUUGUAUUGGGUAAUUUCCCCUUUUCUUUCUGUUUCCCCUUGCUUAUGAUAAUAAAAGACUGAGGUAACCAAGGCAAAAGCAGAAGCUACUUAGCAAGCUAUAGCAAGAAGCUACUUAGCAACUGCAGAAGCCCAAAGUGACCUGUCAGCUUGCACGUGCACUGUCUCUGAGUCAUUACUAUGCCUUCCAGGUAUCGUGUCCUUCGGACCCCCGAAACUGCUGAGGCUGGUCCCUGGCAAACCACUGAAUUGUAAACAAGCCAUUCCUCAUUGUGCAUUGACUCUCUUCAAAGCAAUAGCAUCCCUAACCAAGACAGAAGUUUGUGCCAGGGACUGGGAAUAUUGCUGUAAUAGACCUGACCAUGUUUUUGUUUGGAGUAAUGGGGAUUUUGGGAGUUUGGGAUAAGAAAGCAGCGGAAUGCUUUAAAUGCUGCUUAAUGGGCUAUACAAUAGAAGCAUGGAAUACAGUGGUACUGAAUGUAAUUUGAUGAACUGUGGAGAUUAAGAGAUUUCAAAGGAGAAAAAUGUUAGCAUGUGGCCUAGAGACUGGUCUUAUAAUAUUUUGGUGAAGAAAGUGGCUGCUUUUUACCCUUGACCCAAGAGUCUGCCUGAGGCUAAAGUGAUGACUUUUGGAUUAAUUUCAUUGGCAGAAAAAAAAUCUCAAGGCAGUCUUGAGUAUAGCCUUGUUCAUGUGGUUACUGUUGUGGCCACAUUGCGAGACCCCCAAGCAAGACCACCACAGAGCUGAUAUCCGAUGCAAAACACACAUGGGUUUAUUACAAGCCUUGGCUUGAUCCAUGUCCAACAUCUGACACAGUGGGUGGAGGAGGACAGCCCUGAGUUCUCAGGAGGAGGGGUUUUUAAAGGGAAAAAACCACAAACAGGGUGGUACAAGCCUUGGCAUAAUAUGAUUGAGUGAGGGUGUGUAACCUUUGAAUUUACUGGUUAGGGGUUACAGUUAUCAUUUUGGGGGCAGACUAGGACAAGUCCCAGGCUUUGACCUUGAGCUACCAUAGAGGCUGGCUGGCCUAGCACAUACUGACUGUGGGGGCUGACUCAGUGGGCCAAGCUCUGUCCUUGAGCUGCCAUGGAGGCUGGCUAACCUAGCACAUUCACAUUGACCCAUGCACGUAGCUCUAGGUUGGUGAGGAGUCCCAGACAGUAAACGACUGGCUGAACCUUGAGCAGUCAGAGUAUGAGCAGAAACAGAGCUACUUCAAGGACUGUGUCAUAGCCCUCCCUGAAACUGCUUGCUCAAGUCUCAGGAAACUGAAUUUGAGGCCUGAUCUCUGAGAAAAGACUGAGCAGCCUGUUAUGGCAUCUGCUUGGUCCUUUCACUUACUAGCGUUCAUGUUUAUAAAGAUUUAUAAUGAAAAGGAGCAAGCUGAGCAGGGUAAUGAAGAUUUUGAGGAGAAAAAGAGAAACAGGAAGUAGAAUGGAGCUAAAUCCUGUAUUUAAGAAGAUAAAUGGAUUAAGGAGAGUGGUGAUCUCAGGGCAAGAUCCCACCCAGCUGUUUCCAAUUGGUGAGAAAAAGAAACUAAGGGGUCCCCACUGGAUCAGGCCCUCCGAAUGGGUGAGACAGUUGAUUGGCUUGAUCUGUUUGGGAGGCAUCCAGGCAGUGGGACCAGAUCUUGUGCUCAUUGCAUGAGUUGGCUGUUUGAAACCUGGGGCCUAUGCAGGAUUGUUUGGCUUGGCCGGGGAGGAGGGUACUAGACCUACCUGGACUGAGUCUACCAGGUUGACCUCAGUCUGUGGG